GUAAGUUGAGUAACACGUGGAACCAAACACAUGGAUAUUACACUAGAGUGACUUUUUUAAAUAUCAUGUGUGGAAUUUGUUGUGUUUUACUGCGGGGAGAAAAUCAUGAUUGUACAAGUAGUUGCUUGAGACUUAAGAACAGAGGUCCAGAUGCAAGUUCGCAAACUGUGGCUACCAUCGAUUCGCAGACACGACUAGUCUUUACUGGACACGUUCUGCACAUGAGAGGGCCACUUACUCCACAGCCAACAACAGAUAAACGAGGAAAUUGCCUACUGUGGAAUGGAGAGAUAUUUGGGGGAUUACAAAUCACUGAGGAAAAAAAUGACACAGCUGUGCUGUUGGAAAUAUUGUCCGAAAAAACAGAUGUUCAGCACAUCCUUGGUACAUUGUCAAAAAUACAUGGGCCAUGGGCAUUUGUUUAUUGGCAGGAAGAAAAGAAAAGAUUGUGGUUUGGAAGGGACUUCUUUGGAAGACGAAGCUUGUGUUGGCACUUACCCAGAAGAAAGAACGACGCCUUCAUUCUAUCAUCCGUGCGACAAAAUACUGAGGAUUUACAGGAGGUUCCUUCUGUUGGGAUUUAUUCAGUGGACCUCAUGCACACAGAAUGGUUAAACAUGACACUGUACAGCUGGGCAAGUGCUGUGUGGCCAGGGACCAUGGAUCCUGUAACGAGUGACAACCUACUGUCAGGAUUAGUAGGUGACUCUGACUGUGAUUUAAAGAUUGACCUACACCCUGACUGCCACCUCACCAAAAAUAUUCCCCCGUUAAACAAAACUCUACCAGACCUUGACCCCUCCAAGGUUAUAAUUAAGGAUCAGGAAUCAGUGAUACAAACCUUAUUAGGAGAGACUCAGUUUCAGGCCUGUGUGGAUAACCUCAUUCACCUGCUUUUACACAGUGUAACAGUGCGUGUAUUUAACCAGGUCAUGUUGUCUCAUAGAGAAAAUAAACAUUGUGUUCAUGCAACAGCUUCUAACAACUCCUCAGAUUUACAGAAUGUUGAUGAAAGUUCAAGUCAUAAGUUAAAAUCUGAUUCAUUAGAGUGUUUUGUGUCCAAUGAAUUGAGUAAUGUAAGGCUGCAUCAAGUAGAGGGAAGGAUGAGAAUUCCUGCUGAGGGUCUGCAUCAAGAAGGGGGAGUCGUGAGAGGUCCUACCGAGGGUCUGCAUCAAGAAGGGGGAAUCGUGAGAGGUCCUGCAGAGGGUCUGCAUCACGAAGGGGGAGUCGUGAGAGGUCCUGCCAAGGUUGCAGUACUGUUUUCUGGAGGAGUGGACUCAGCAGUGAUAGCAGCUUUGGUUGACAAGUGUCUGCCAGCACAUGAGCCUGUGGACCUUAUCAAUGUCGCAUUUGAAAGAAUCAUUCCACAGAAGCAAAGUGAGGACGAGACUUGGAAUGUUCCAGAUCGACAGACUGGGAUGAUGGCUCUACAGGAACUUAACCCGCACAGAAAAUGGAACUUUAUUAUGGUGAAUGUAAGCAUUGCGGAAUUACAAAAAAAGAGAUCAGAACACAUACGCCAUCUUGUGUAUCCAUUAGAGACUGUACUUGAUGAUAGCAUUGGAUGUGCUGUGUGGUUUGCUGCUAGAGGAGAGGGAAUUCUGGGAAAUGGAGAGCAUGCUGGGAUGCCAUACAAAAGUAGUGCCAAGGUAAUAUUGUGUGGUAUGGGAGCUGAUGAGCAGUUUGCUGGAUAUUCCAGACACAGAGGAAAAUUUGAAGAGUUGGGAUGGCAGGGCCUUACUGAGGAGGUAGAGAUGGAAGUUCAGAGAAUUUCUGCCAGAAAUCUAGGAAGGGAUGACAGAGUUGUGACAGAUCAUGGAAAGGAAGCCAGAUUUCCAUUUCUAGAUGAGAAUGUUGUGUCCUACCUUCAGUCUAUUCCUAUACAAACCAAGGCUGAUCUACGUUACCCCCGGGGUCUUGGGGAGAAGAUCCUCCUCAGGGCCUGUGCAGGGAAGCUUGGACUGAUCAAGUCAGCUCUGUUUCCUAAGAGAGCUAUCCAGUUCGGCUCACGCAUAGCUAAAACUGAGAACAAUAAAGAGAAAGCUUCACAGAAAUGUCCACGACUGGCUGAUCCCACAUGUAAGUCAACAACUGAGAAGUCAACAGAGGAAACCCAACAUGGUUAACAGUAUAAUCCCAAAAGUGGUCCAGGAUGGGAGAAGUCAACAGAGAAAACCCAGCAUGGUUAACAGUAGAAUCCCAAUAGUGGUCCAGGAUGGGAGAAGUCAACAGAGGAAACCCAGCAUGGUUAACAGUAGAAUCCCAAAAGUGGUCCAGGAUGGGAGAAGUCAAUAUAGGAAACCCAGCAUUGUUAACAGUAUAAUCCCAGAAGUGGUCCAGGAUGGGAGAAGUCAACAGAGGAAACCCAACAUGGUCAAAAGUAUAAUCCCAAAAGUGGUCCAGGAUGGGACAAGGUUCAAUUCCAAAAACUGAAAAUAUCUGUGGUAGUACAGACCUUGUCAUUUGCUGUGAUUCUCCAGUUACAUUUUAUUCUCCCACUUCUUGACAUCAUAGUUUAUACAUCAUUAUACAUGUGCUACAAUGUCUGCCUAUCUACUUGACAUCAAAGUUUACAAAGAGUUACCAGGGUAUACUGUGAAUAUUGCGUUGUGUCCUCUAGCUUAAUCUAGUAUUUACACAGGUUUCUUUUCUAAUGAAAUUCGGAGUCCAA